ACAACUCGGGGUUGGGGAAGGGUUGUAGGGCAAAGUAGAGUUCAGCGUGGGUUUCUGGGUUUGCUUGGAGGACUAUUGGAGGAGGCGCGGGGGAGCCGCGCUGGGUUAUCUCCCGCCCUGGGGGAUGCCGGCAGCAUCCGCGGCGCCCGCGCGGCAAAUCCUCUGCCGAGGCGGCGAGCGUUCCCCCGGUCCCGGCCACGGCCCUCCCGCCCCAGCAGAGCCGCGCGGUGGAUUGUGGGCUGGGGGCUGCGGCGGCCUCGCGGCGGCCUCCGGCGCUGUCUCCCGGACCUGGCCCGGCCGAGGCGGGCCGGCGGGCUGAGGGGAAGCAGUGGAGCAGGGAGCAGGGGCGCUAGGGGUAGUGGUCGCGGCAGCGGCGGCGGCGGCUCCUGUGGAGGCCGGGGAUGUGGGAGAGGCGGUGGCAGCAGCGGCGGAGGCGGCGCUGCGGACCCGGGGGAAACUGCUGGUUGACAGAACACCCGGGAGAGACGUGAGGGAGCCGCCGCUGCCGCCUCUCACCCCGGAGCUGGGCACGAGAGGGCGGAUUGGUGCUCCCGCGGCCGACGGGCCAGCGGGCGUGGGGCGCGGGCGGGGAGCCGGACUCGGGCCCCGGGGCCGGGCUCCGGGCGGCGGCGGCCGCGGAGCAGCAGCCUCGGCGCGACGUGGAAGGCUGAAGGCGGCGGCGAUGCACUAGGCCUCGCUCUGGGGCGGCUGCCCGGGACCCGCAGAUUUGUAAAAACCAUGUCUACCUUUGUAAGCCACUGAGUCUUUCUGCUCCAUGCUAUACUUAACCUCUAGUAGGAGGAGACAGACUAGGUGAUCUCUGAGUUCCCUUUCAGCUUUGAGUGGUGAUUUUAUGCAAUGGCUUCAAGCCACAGUUCUUCACCAGUGCCUCAAGGAAGCAGCAGUGAUGUUUUCUUUAAAAAAGAGGUAGAUUCGACAAAACACAUUCGACCUGUGCAGUCACUGCCAGAUGUGUGUCCCAAGGAACCCACAGGUGAUUCAAAUAGUUUAUGUGUUGCCCCAUCUCUAGUUACAGAUCAACAUAGAUGGACUAUAUAUCAUUCCAAAGUAAAUCUCCCAGCAGCAUUAAAUGAUCCUAGAUUAGCAAAAAGAGAAUCUGACUUCUUCACAAAAACAUGGGGAUUGGACUUUGUGGACACUGAAGUCAUACCUUCAUUCUACCUCCCACAGAUCAGCAAGGAACAUUUUACAGUAUAUCAACAGGAAAUUUCUCAGAGAGAGAAGAUUCAUGAGAGAUGCAAGAAUAUUUGUCCUCCUAAAAAUACCUUUGACAGGACUCUUUUACAUACUCACGAUAAAUCCAGGACAGAUCUGGAACAAGUACCUAAGAUUUUUAUGAAACCAGAUUUUGCCUUGGAUGAUUCCUUAACUUUUAAUUCAGUUUUACCAUGGUCUCAUUUUAAUACUGCUGGUGGAAAAGGAAAUCGUGAUGCAGCUUCCUCAAAGUUGCUACAAGAAAAGCUGAGCCAUUAUCUGGAUAUUGUGGAAGUAAAUAUUGCUCACCAGAUCUCUCUUCGUUCAGAAGCAUUUUUUCAUGCAAUGACCUCUCAACAUGAAUUGCAGGACUACCUCAAGAAAACUUCCCAGGCUGUAAAAAUGCUUCGAGAUAAAAUUGCACAGAUUGAUAAAGUAAUGUGUGAAGGAUCAUUGCACAUCUUAAGACUGGCACUUACCAGAAAUAAUUGUGUUAAAGUGUACAAUAAAUUGAAGUUAAUGGCCACUGUACACCAGACUCAGCCUACAGUACAGGUGUUGUUAUCUACUUCUGAAUUUGUUGGAGCCUUGGACUUAAUAGCAACAACACAAGAGGUUCUGCAGCAGGAACUUCAGGGCAUUCACAGCUUCCGGCAUUUGGGAUCACAGCUUUGUGAAUUAGAAAAACUUAUAGAUAAAAUGAUGAUUGCAGAAUUUUCUACUUAUUCUCACAGUGACUUAAAUAGACCACUGGAAGAUGACUGUCAAAUUUUAGAAGAGGAAAGACUAGUAUCUCUUGUAUUUGGACUUCUAAAACAAAGAAAACUUAAUUUUUUAGAAAUCUAUAGUGAAGAAAUGAUCCUUACAGCAAAGAAUAUCAUUAAACAGUGUGUGAUUAAUAAAGUUUCACAAAUAGAAGAAAUAGAGGCAGAUGUUGUUGUGAAGCUUGCCGAUCAGAUGAGAAUGUUGAAUUUUCCUCAGUGGUUUGAUCUGCUAAAGGAUAUUUUCUCUAAGUUUAUAAUUUUCCUACAGAGAGUUAAGGCAACAUUAAAUAUCAUUCAUAGUGUUGUUCUCUCGGUUCUUGACAAAAACCAAAGGACUAGAGAGUUGGAGGAGAUUUCACAACAGAAGAAUGCUGCAAAAGAUAAUUCACUGGACACAGAAGUGGCUUACUUAAUCCACGAAGGCAUGUUUAUAAGUGAUGCAUUCAGUGAGAGCGAAUUAACAACUAUAGCAGUCAACACUGCAUCUCAAAGAAAUAUAUCUCCAAAUAGCGAGCCCUACAGCAGUGAUUCAGUAUCCGAACCAGAAUGUACUACUGAUUCGUCAUCCAGCAAAGAGCAGACAUCCUCUGCUGUUCCCGGAGGUGUGGAUAUCAUAAUCAAUGAAGACAUGAAAUUAACUGAUUUAGAGCUAGGAAAGCUGGCAAAUAAUAUCCAAGAGCUACUGUUCAGUGCCUCAGAUAUAUGCCAUGAUCGAGCUGUCAAAUUUCUCACGUCAAGAGCAAAGGAUGGUUUUCUUGAGAAGCUAAAUUCCACGGAAUUCAUAACACUUUCUAGAUUAAUGGAAACAUUCAUUUUAGACAGUGAACAGAUCUGUGGAAGAAAAAGCAUGUCUUUACUUGGAGCACUUCAGAGCCAAGCUAAUAAAUUUGUAAACAGGUUUCAUGAGGAGAGAAAGACCAAGCUCAGCCUCCUUUUAGACAAUGAGCGCUGGAAGCAAGCUGAUGUUCCUGCAGAAUUUCAGGAUCUUGUUGAUUCUAUAUCAGAUGGAAAGAUUGCUUUACCUGAAAAAAAAUCAGGGGCUACAGAAGAAAGGAAACCAGCUGAAGUUCUCAUUGUGGAGGGACAACAGUAUGCUGUUGUUGGAACUGUAUUGCUAUUAAUAAGAAUUAUCCUUGAAUAUUGCCAGUGUGUGGAUAAUAUCCCAUCUGUUACUACUGACAUGCUUACUCGUCUGUCAGAUUUAUUGAAGUACUUCAAUUCAAGAAGUUGCCAGUUAGUUCUUGGAGCUGGUGCACUGCAAGUUGUUGGACUAAAAACGAUAACUACAAAAAAUUUGGCUCUUUCUUCACGCUGUUUGCAGUUAAUUGUGCACUACAUUCCUGUGAUCCGGGCUCAUUUUGAAGCUCGACUGCAGUCUAAGCAGUAUAGCAUGCUUAAGCAUUUUGAUCAUAUCACUAAGGACUACCAUGACCACAUAGCUGAAAUAUCAGCUAAGCUUGUAGCGAUAAUGGAUAGCUUAUUUGACAAGCUGUUAUCUAAGUAUGAGGUGAAAGCUCCUGUUCCUUCUGCCUGUUUCAGGAAUAUUUGCAAGCAAAUGGCAAAAAUGCAUGAAGCUAUAUUUGAUCUUCUUCCAGAAGAACAAACACAAAUAUUAUUUUUAAGAAUUAAUGCAAGUUACAAACUCCACUUGAAAAAGCAGUUAUCUCACUUAAAUGUGAUAAAUGAUGGAGGACCUCAAAAUGGGUUGGUCACAGCAGAUGUAGCUUUUUACACUGGAAAUCUUCAAGCCUUAAAAGGCCUUAAAGAUUUGGACCUAAAUAUGUCCGAGAUCUGGGAACAGAAGAGGUGAUGGCAUACUGGAAAACUGGGUAGUUCAACUGACCAUGGGAUGUGUAUAUUUAUAAAGAAAAUACAGAUGCCUGUGAUUCAUGAACUGGACCUGAACCCAAAGUGAACUGGGAUAGGAGAAGGGGAAAAGGAAAGUAUCAGUGUUGGGAAACUGGGAUUCAGUGGGAUCUACAAGGAAUGCCACUGUUGUGCUUCCUUCAGUGAGGAGUAACUGAUCAGGUGUCUAUAACAUUUUUCAUUUUCUCUGGAAACAGACUCAGGUUUCUUUGGACCAAAUCCAAAAGAACACAUAGCUGUAACACAGCUGUAGUUGACUAGAAUGCUCUGUAUACUUUAUAUUAAAAAAUGCUUUGCAUUUCUUCCAGUGCAAUGAGAUUCAUAUGGUGUCCCACCUUAUUUAAUGAUGGUACAAUUUAAAAUAUUAAAAUCUUAGUCAACCUCUGUAGAAAGUUUUCUCUAUGAAAGUAAAGCUGUUUGAAAAAUUAUUUUUUUACAGAUCUUUCUAUAAAAAAUAAACAUCUUUUGAUUGCUUAGA